UAAUCCAACCAAAUUUAUGAGAGAGACCAUGGCAUUGCAAAUGUCAGCUGCUGCGUUGGCCAUGAUGUUGGUGAUAUCAGUUCAUAUCUGCCAUGGAAAAACUCCAGUGACAUAUGCAUUUCCAACUGACGCAUGUGCCUCUGAUCCAUAUCUUGUUGAUGAAGAUACCAUGGUUUACAUGAAGUUUGAAGGUGAUUUCGGCAGCCAGGAAUGUAGACAAAUGUCAUUCACAACUCCAAAAUCUCCUUUCUAUUCAUAUACAAUGUGCAUGAAAGAACUCUUUUACAGUAGCCCAAAGUGUCAGAGUAAAGUUAACUUUAAAAAGUAUUGGUCUGACUACUACAACUAUGAUUAUAAUACUGAGCAGAUAUUAGGAGAAGACUGUUCUGGCAACUCAUAUAGCAGAAUGUUUUCCCGAUGUUUAACUGAUGCCAGUCAUGUUUCGUUUGUACUAAGAAAAAAAUCAAAUCGUAAGAAUAAUGGUUAUAACAGUUAUGAUAACAAUAAACAACAGGAAUUGAUUCCAGACAAACUAAAUGAUACUUUUAGUUUUCAAAUUGAAACAAAAUGGGAAUACAAUUAUGGCUUGAUUGGUGGAAUAGCAGGUGGAAUCGUUGGGAUGUGUGUCCUCACAGCAGUAGGAAUCUAUUUGUGUAUCAACUGUCGCCGUAGGAAACGACUUACAGGAAGAUACUGCUGCGCAUGUCCAGCAUACAAACCCAAAUACUCGAAGUUCAUGACAGAAGGAAUAGCCCAGGGUUUCUCAGCAGAAUGUGCUGUAGCUGGUAUAUUGUUGUGUUCCUGCGUACUAUGUAGACGACAAACACGUAAUGGACAUGAGGAAGAACAAUGUGAAAAAGUAACUAUGGAUACUGAUUACACCUCGUCUGAUGCAGAAAAUAAAUGGGAAACCGUGACGGGCUUGAAAGAUCCGGACACAGCUCCUCUUCUUCGGUGCGACAGUUAAAAUGGAUGACAUCUGAAGAUCAAGACAAGAAACAUGAACUGCUAUCAAGAACUCAACAGUUCUAACUGCAUAUUAUUUUUUUCCAUUAUGUACAUAAAAUCCAAAUGAAUGAUUAUCAAUUAUUGCGAUAAAAUAGUAUAAAAAUAUCUUAACUCCAAGGCAAAUUCCAAAAUGGCAGUCCAUUGAAAAUGAAAAUAAAUGAUAUCAAUCAA